UCGGGAGGAAGAACGAUCGCCGUUGUUUGUGCAGGUUAUGCAGUCGCUCUCUAUGUGGGGGUGCUCGUGAUGCGAAGGAACAUUUUUUUCGUGGCGAGGGGUAUAGAUGCCCCGUGGCGACUCCGACGGUGUAGCACGCGAUUUGGUCAAAGGAUAUGUCCAAGUGUCCUGCACAUUUGGCUUCUGCCGUGCAAGCCUUGCAGAGUCUCCAUCCAGGUCAUCCCUCUUUUCAAUGGUCACCUCUUCGUUUUCCCGAGGACACCGUUCCGCCGCCCCCAUCGACCGCCGCCCCCCCGCAAGUGGAGCCAUUUCCAUGUGCACCACUUGCUACCCUCCCCCCUCGUCCGGCGGCAGUCUCACCUGCGCCGCUUCGUCAAACGAUUCCGCAGUCGUUGAUGGCAGGCCAUAUGUGGCAGCGCAAGGCACCGUGCCAGUUUCGGGUGUCGGGGAACCAGUACCGUUCGACGAGCAAGGCACUCGUGCUUUCGUCGAGGGCGAUGGGUGGGGGAAGGGCGCUGGCACAUCAUCCGGCCUCGCCCCGUUGUUCACUCGUAACAGGGACAAGGUCCCAAGAGUUCGACGCGCAAGCACACGUCCGGCCGUGGCAGGAGCACCCGCAACAGGACAUCAAUCCGCUGCGUAUCCAUGGUUGUCUCCCCCUCCUUCGCAAACACGACGACCUACACCAGACUCGACUUCGGCACCAGCUGGCGAGGCCGCUGCAACGGCCCUCGAGGGUGCGGGAAACAUCCAGCUCGACGAGCCCGUUCAGGUUUCGGAUUCGUCACCCACUCCUGUGCCAGUGAACAGCCUGACCUCGCAGCACGGUGUUUUUGGGACACAAGAUCCUUUAAAGAAUUUGUGCAACAUUGCAACUCUGAGUCCAGGCCCCACCGCAUCAUCACCUGCGGCCGGGGGCGGGGUGUGGGAUUCACUAGGUAUGGGCGGCGGUGCACGAGUGAGGGGCACUUACAGGCAGCAGGCGGUGACCUCGUAUUACAACGACCCGCUGGAGCACGGAUGGCACCUGCAGAUCAUGCGAUUCAUUGUCGAGAGCGGCAUGUUGUUCAACUGCGUGAAGCUUGAGAGCUUCAAACGCAUGUUGACGUUGAUCAUCCCGCCUGGGGUUCCAGGAGUCCCCACCCCAAAACCCCCAACGUAUCACAUGAUCCGUACCACACUUUUAGAUGAGCUUGAUGUGGAACUCGCUGACAUCAUCGCUUUCGUCACAGACUCUGCCAGUUCGAACGUUUCUGCGAUGGAGGUGUUCCAGAAGGAUGAGAGUGUCAAGCACAUCUUCUGGAUUCCUUGUGUGGCACACGUCAUGGACCUCAUCCUUGAGGACAUCGGCGACAUUGAGUGGGUGGCGACCCGCAUUGCUCAGGCGCGUUUGGUCACAAAGUUUUUCAAGCGUCAUAGCCACGCUCGUGAAGUUUUUCAAGCUUUCACGAGGAAGGCUCUGCUGCUUCCCGCCGAGACUCGCUUCGGUACGCAUGUGAUUAUGAUGCGACGAGUUCUUCUGCUGCAAUCGCAUCUUAUGCAGGUGGUCGUCGAUGAUCGGUGGAAGGACACUGUUUGCUCAACGAAGAAAAUUCAAGACGACGCUGCGGAGGUCACAACAUGUGUUGGUUGUCCUCAGUGGUGGGAGGGUAUGAGAGCGCUGUACAAGUUGUUGGAUCCCAUCAUGGACAUGCUGCAGAUGGAGGACAGCGACACGAGGCAGAUUGGCAAGAUUUUGCGUCGGUACGACGAGAUGAUUGUGCGUUGUUUGUCUGCAUGUGCCGCUUUGGAGAAGGACGAGCAGGAUGCACUGCUUGAAGUGUUUGACAGACGCCGCAACAUGUUCAAGUCGCCUGCUCAUGUUGCUGCCAUGAUAUUGGACCCCGAGUUUCGAGACCGCACGAUGCCAGACGACGAGGAGAUGCAGCACGGUUUGAAACUCGCUCUGAUUCAGUUUGGAUUGGAGGUGGCGAGGGCCGAGAAGCUGGUGCGAUGCCAUUGGAACCUUCGGCUCCUCGACAGGCAGGCUAUGUUGGACGAUGCUCCCAAUGACAGGCCACAUCCGUAUGGGAGCUGGGUGCACUACUGGCAGCAGGUGGAGGAGGAGGUGCCCACCGACCAGCAGCUUGUGGCAGACCGAGGAGCUCGUGUGACGGUCACGAAGGAGGAGUUGACGCAGGCGAGAGAGAGGAUGCGCGCUGUGUCCCGCAUGGGAGUCACUCGUUGCUUGCGGGAGUCUGACAGGAAGAGGUGUCGUGGCGGCGGUCGCGGAGGUGGUCGUCGGGGCGGUCGUGGGCGAGGCGGGCGUGGAGGUCCUGGCGGGAGGCAUAGUGUUGCGAGUCGUGGAAGAGCAGCGGACGAGCUAGUACGCAAGCCUCGACACCGAUGGGAUGAGGGAGACUUUUUGUACGAGAGCUCGUCCAGCGAUGACGAGGAUUUCUUCGGGACUGGCAGGCCUGCACAGGAUGGCGACAGCGAUUUCGACGACCGUGGGUUUGGCGUGGACGACGACGAUGGCGCCAGUGGCGAUGAUCACGGCGACGAAGGAGACAGGCCACGACCUGCACAUGGUGACACGAUGCGCGACGACGGGGCAGGGGGCGAGCGCCGCACAGCAGUAGAUGACGCUCGGGAUGGAGUGGAUGAUGAUGCUCGAGAUGGAGUGGAUGAUGGUUCACGACCUGUCCCGGGCGGUGACCUGAGGCGCUUGAAACGCGCACCAAGGGAAAAAGACACUAUCGCUUCACGUGUGCGCAAACGUCAUGGUGGGGUUGCUAGCGUUCCACUACCACGAGUCCCCGCAACUGAGCACAUUCCAGUUUUUGAGGACUCUUUUAGCGAUCACGGCGGCGAGGAGCGGAUCGAGCUGCAUGGCGGGAGUGGUCAUCCACGAGGUGACACUUUGAGUAUGCACGCGACAGCUCCGAUGGGGYCUUCCGCAGCAGUCCCAGAAUCGCAACAGGGUCCAGCACAGUUGAUGCGUCAUCCCGAGGUUCAGGGAGAGAUCGGUCCUCUCCCGGCAGUGCAGGACGAGGGUUCUGUCGGUGCACUGCAUCCACUCACGUCUGCCGGAGCGGCAGUCUCAGUUGCAGCGACCUCGGAUGUGGGACUGCCACUGGCAGCGGCAAAGCAAGAAAGUAUGCUCCCACCUCGCAGUGUUCAACCGCGGCCACCGCCUGCAUUGAUGGAGGGGAGUCAGGGGACCGUUGAUGUGUGUCUAGGCGACGAUCUCCCGGAACAUGAGAUCUCACACACUCCCGCAGCCGAGCAGAGCGCCGCAGACCAUGUCGGCCUCGCAUGCCCAACCGGCGGUCUUCCGGGUACCGGCGAGUUACUGGUCGGCGAGUUACUGGCCAUGGACUCUGCGCUUGUUUCUCUACCGGACUUGUCGACGUUGAUAUCCCCAGGUCUACCCCAUGUGUCACCGCCCAAGCCACAACAGCCUGUCGUCAUGGAGCGUGGAUUGGACGGGUUUGACGUGGCAGGAGGCAAUGUCGCCGAUAUGAUUACGACUGCCACGCCCACGAUUUUUCGUGUUGGCAAACCACGCGAGGUGGCCCUUGGUUUGGCGGAGACGGCGACGCGACACCGCCACGACGGUCAGCGCAGCAUCGCACAACGCAGUCUUUCUCAUUCGUUUGACGGCGCAGAGGAAGGGUCUCCUGGUGGGCCAGUUGACGCAGUCGAAAGAGAAGCAAGACCCCCAAGUCCGCCGUCAAACUCAGAGCAUCAUCCGAUUGCCGCGACUGUCGGCGCAGAUGCGGGCGUCCCCAUCGCAAACACUUUGGACGCGACAGAACAGCCUGUGGUUGGGUCAUCGCCGACAGCACGGCGCGACAGAGCUACUGUUUUGCCGACAGUAGCAUUCUAUGCCAGCGGGAAGAGUACUGGGGGGAUGGAUGAGCAAAGAGUCCGGAAUGUUGGCAGGCCAUCUGCACCAUCCAUGGGGACACGAUCCAUUGGGAGUGUGGAUGGUGCUCGGCACACCGCCAUAGCAGAGUUUGAGGACCGACACGGGAGUGCUUURCCGACGAAGACGUCUGAUGUCCAUGCUACGAGAGCCGCGAAGGCGAGUCUUUCUCGGGCAAGGAAGAAGGCCUCGGCAAGGAAGGCGUCACGUUCAUCCUCACAUAUACGUUCCCGAGAGAGAGGAUUGGGCGUUGUGCAUCUCGAGGACGGAGAGAUUGCACCUGACGGCGACGCAUUAGAUGUUGGAGGGAGGGAUGCAAUGACGACGGAUAUCGUCGACAGGGAGGGCACAGAGGAUGCAGUGGCAGGUCAGAAGAGACGCGGCAGUGUACUUAUCGUCCACGACGACAGCACGGAUGUCGCCCCGGGAGAGACCACAGGCACUGAUGAUGCAGGGGACUCCGAUUACAUACCCAGAUCACGGGCGGCUGAUGGAGAUGAUGGAGGAGGGCGACGAGUGAGACCGAGGACACGACUCGGGCCGCAAGGGCAGCGAGCACAGGGCACACCAUCAGCGAUGAUUCCUGCCCCCAUAGAUCGGCGAGCUCAGGUGCAGCGGUUGCUGCGCAAAAUGGAGUGGGGAUAUUUCCGGUUGUAAAAUGUAGAUCGAUUUCCAAGGUGUGUGGAGUUACUGUAGUAGAAUGGCUAAUGAAAGAGAAAAGGUCAC